UCUCACAGGAGAGAAGGAGACUGGACAACACUGGACAUGAACGGAGCAACUUACGUGAGACGGCAUGGCUCUGAGAGCGCGUGCUUUGACGGAGGACCGGAGGGUCGAGCCGUCGGAAUCCGCCAGCAGCGGGAGGACGUCACAAACCGACCUUCUGUGUUACCUGCAGAUGUCCAACAGGUAGUGGUGAUUAAAGAAGAAGUUCCCUGGAGCCUGAGUCUGGACCAGCAGGAUCCUGAUCAUCUCCACAUUAAGGAGGAGCAGGAGGAGAACAGAGAGCAGGUGAUCAUCAGAUUCCCAUUCAUCGCUGUUCAGGUGAAGAGUGAAGAUGAUGAAGACAAUCCUCAAAGCCAAACUGAAGGCAGCAUACAGGAAGAGCCUUCAUCCAGCAGCUCAUGUAAACUAAUGAAAACAGAAACUGAUGAUGAGGACUGUCGAGGUCCAGAACCAGCCAGGAACCUGGAUCCUAACCAUCAUAUACACCCAAAUACUGCUGAAAAGGCUACAAAUGAUUGUGAGACUGAAGUCAGUUUUGAUGAUGGUGAUUGGCAGGAACCUUUCUCAGUUUCUGGACCCUCAACUGAAGACAGUGACAGCGGUUGGAAGGAGUCCAGGGUGCCCACUUCAAGUGCAAAUGCUCUGGAAAAGGAGGAUUUUCAUCAAAUACAGAGUAUAGGUCAACCAGAAAAAAUGUCUUCCGCCUUUUCUGUUGGUGAGACUGGUUUUUGCUUGGAGCAAAAUGUAGAUUCACAGAUGAAAAUUCACACGGGAGAGAAACCAUUUGGCUGUGGUAUUUGUGGUAAGAUGUUUAGCCGUAAGACACUCUUUAAGUCCCAUAUGAGAGGCCACACGGGGGAGAAACCAUAUGGAUGUGAUGCCUGUGGUAAAAGAUUUACACUUCAGUACAGUUUUAAAAGACACAUGAGAGUGCAUACAGGAGAGAAACAGUUUGGCUGUGAUGACUGUGGGAAAACCUUUCGCUGCAAAACGCAUCUUAAGAGACACACGAGAGUACAUACAGGAGAGAGACCAUUUGGUUGUACUUUUUGUGGGGAAAGGUUUACAGAACAGGGAGCUCUGAAACGGCACACCAGAGUCCACACUGGAGAGAGACCCUUUGGUUGCACUGUGUGUGGGGAAAGAUUUGCAGAACAGGGUGUUCUGAAGAGACACAUCAGAGUUCACACAGGAGAGAAACCUUUUAGUUGCGACGUCUGUGAAAAAAGAUUCAGACAGCAAAAUACUUUGAAAAGACACAUGAAUGUUCAUACUGGAGAGAAACCAUAUGGCUGUAAUGUGUGUGGGAAAACAUUUAGAGAGCAGACUACACUUAAAAGGCACACUGUGGUCCACACAGGAGAGAAAGCAUUUUGCUGUGGUGUUUGUGGUGAAAGAUUCACGCGACAGGGAAAUCUGAAAAGACACAUGAAAGGUCACCCAUGAGAGGAACUGUACAGCUACAGAGUUUGUUGUGAAAUAUUAAAUGCGUGUGUUCUUAAGCUCAACAGCACAUUUUAAAUUUGGUUUAAUUUGUUAUAUUUUAUUUCUUAAUUUGAAGUGCCUAGCAUGUGUAAAGUGUAAAGGAUUUAACAGAGGCAAUGUUCAUAAGUACGAGUGCUUCAUUUUA